AUGGGUACCGGGUCGGGUUCGGAUCCGGAGCCAAGUUCGUCCGGGUGGAGCAGGGCUCCUGGUUUGGUGGUGAAGACGCUGUUUCUGAUCGGCGGCGCCGUUCUCCUGAAGCGUCUCACGAAAUCCACCACUCGCUGGGACCACUCUCACGUCGUCUCUCGCUCCCUCAGCGGCGAGAAGUUUUCUAAGGAGCAGGCAUCAAGGGAUCCUGAUAAUUACUUCAACAUAAGAAUGCUGAGCUGCCCUGCAGCUGAGAUGGUGGAUGGUUCGGAGGUUUUGUAUCUCGAACAAGCAUUUUGGAGAACUCCUCAAAAACCCUUUCGGCAAAGAUUGUAUAUGGUUAAGCCUUGCCCAAAGGAGUUGAAAUGUGAUGUUGAGGUGAGCUCAUAUGCAAUCAGAGAUGCCGAGGAGUACAAAAAUUUCUGUGACCGGCCAAAGGAUCAACGCCCACUUCCUGAAGAAGUCAUUGGUGACAUAGGCGAGCAUUUGACAACGAUGCAACUUAGGUGUUGUGACCGUGGAAAGCGUUGUUUGUAUGAAGGAUCAGCUCCACCUGGUGGUUUCCCAAAUUCAUGGAAUGGUGCAAGCUAUUGUACAUCUGAUCUUACAGUCCUGAAAAACAAUGAGAUACACCUCUGGGAUCGCGGAUUUGACGACGAUGGAAACCAGGUAUGGGGACCAAAGCAAGGUCCGUACGAGUUCAAACCGGCGCUGUCAUCGCCGAGCGUCAACAGCGAUGUGUUCUCCCCUUUGAUUAUAUCUCCUCAAUCUACACUUGAUAAACCAAUCAAAGGAUCCUUCAUCUUGCAGGAGUAG